AAGUUCUUGUCGUAAAGAAGUUUAUUAGCGAUAUUUUUAAAUGACGUUUUAACUUAUCGAAAGGAUGGUUUGAAAAAGUCUCUAGUUUGUGUUCGUAUUUAAUUAGCUAUUGAUUUAAUGCUUUAAAAAAAAUAGAUAACGAACUAGUUUAUUUUAUUGAAAUUGCAUAAAAGUUUUCCUUACCGAAGAAAUAAAUUAGUUAAUUUUAUAUGAGUCGAAUUAGGAUCGAAAUACUACUUAUCCGAUGCUCUUUAUCUGCAAACAGUUCGGGGGAGGAGAGGGAAUCUGCGGCCGAUGAGUCAUCAUGAUGGGGAAGAGAAUCUUCAGUAAAUCCAUCGGGACAUUCCGAUAGUGACUAAUCCCGUUUUGUGUGAUGGAAUUUAUUUCUCGUGCGCUUCCUCUGUCGUCCUCCGAGUAAAUCAUUCAGUCUGCGAGAUGCGUAACACCAACAUCUUUUCUAACGCUGCGUUCUGGUGUACGAUCGUUGUAUCGUUGAUCUAUCAAACAAAGGUUUCACCUAAAGACAUUUCGAUGAGUCAUCUAUACGAAAACUUUCGUACAGUAAAUAAAUUUUAAGUGAUGGAUGUAAUGGAACAGCCUGGUUUAUAGGAGUAUUUUCCUCCAAAUUAUGGCAAAUUCUUCUAAAUCUGUUACUGUUAUAGAUGUUCAUCAAUUGGCUGCUGUUGUGAGAAAUCAAAUAGAAAAUGUACUCAUUAUUGACAGUAGGUCAUUUUUGGAAUUUAAUACGUGCCAUGUUUGUAAUGCUAUUAAUGUAUGUUGUUCUAAAAUUGUGAAAAGACGACUUCAGCAAGAUAAGGUAUCUGUAAAAGAUUUGUUAAUUCAUUGUUGUCAGUUUGAAGUGAGUGAAACAUGUGAUGUUAUUGUGUAUGAUCAAGGUUCUUUGAGUGAAGAAGCCCUUCCUUUAGACAGUUUCCUAUCUGUUCUUUUGAAAAAGUUAUUACCUGUGUUUGGGAGUGUUAAUUUAUUACAAGGUGGAUUUCUUGAAUUUCAGGCUGCUUAUCCUAAUUUGUGUGAAGAUAAAACUAGAAAAUGUGCUCCUUUAACUUCAUUAUCCCAACCUUGUCUCCCUAUAGCAAAUCAAGGACCAACUCGAAUAUUACCUUUUCUUUAUCUGGGAUCUCAAAAUGAAGCAUUAAAUAAAGAAAUAUUACAGAAUCACAAUAUAACAUAUGAACUGAAUGUAAGUACAACUUGUCCAAAACCAGAUUUUAUACAAGAUGCUCAUUUCAUGAGGAUUCCAGUCAAUGACAAUUAUAGUGAGAAAUUGUUACCUUAUUUUCCAUUGGCCUUUCAAUUCCUAGAUAAAGUAAGAGAAUCCAGUGGAAGUGUCUUGGUGCAUUGUUUGGCUGGGAUAUCAAGAUCACCUACAAUAGCUAUUGCAUAUGUAAUGCAUCAUUUACAUUUGAACUCUGAUGAUGCCUAUAGGUAUGUAAAAGCAAAGAGGCCUACCAUAUCUCCUAAUUUUAAUUUUCUUGGACAGUUAUUAGAAUAUGAAAAGCAGUUAUGUAGAGAGAAGAUUUUGGCAGCAAAUUGUGAAUUAACUUCAUGUCUUUCUGCAGGACAAAAACGAUUGUGUUUAACAGAUAUGAGAAAAACUAGACUUUCUCUUAAUAUACCACUUUCAUCUGGUAAUACUGUUAAAAGUGCAUCUGAGAUUUUAAAACCUCAUAGUGGUGAUCAGUCUCCAACAUCAGCUUUAGCAAAACUUAGUUUUGAUGUAUCAGAAAAAGAACAUCAAACUGAUUACAAACAAUCUUCUUCAUAUAAUUUAAAAUGUUUGAAAAGUCACUCUGUUAAUUGUAGUGAUGAUUGGAUUAAAGAAAAGCAAAAUUUUAAAAUAGAAUCUAGUAAUAAAAUGGCACAAGUAGAUAACAUUUCUUUGUUUCAAGAUACAUUUAACAUAAAUUCAAUCAAUUAUAAAGAAGAAUUCAAAUGCAAGUAUUUCAAUGAAAAUUCUGAUACCUUGAACUGUUUUAAUAAUGAUGAAAAAACUCAUUUAGAAAGUGUAGAUUGGACUUCAAAAGGUAUUCCAAUUUCUUCUCUAAAAGAACUCAAUUUUACACCUUGCCAGACUUCUAAUAAUAAUUCAGUUGAUAAUAGUCGUGAAAAUACUCCAGAUAGACUUUUGAAUCCCAUAGAUCCUAAUGUGAUUUGUCCAAGAAACUUUGAUUGUGAAAAAUUAGAAAAGGUACAUUUAAAAAUAAGUAAAUUUCCCUCUGUUGAUGGAAUAAUCAAAGAUCAUAGAGGAAUUAAUUCUGAUAAAAUUUCAAAUUCUAAAUGGUAUUUAUUACAUGCAAAUUACAAUGAUGAUAAAAAUUCUGUUAGUUCUUACAAUUUUUCUUUCAACAAAGAUUAUAAUUGUUCUGAUUCCUUAAACACAUCUGGUAUCGAAAGUAAAAAUAUUUAUUUUCAAGAUAUUACAAGAGAGAGACAUUAUUCUAGUUUAGAAGAAGAUUCUGAAAAUUUAUGCAAUAAUGAUUUUACUAGAAUGAUUAUGGAUAAUGUUGUUUUAAGGAAAUCUCAAGAAGUGUUAAAAUUUAAUGAGAAGAGAACUCAUGAUAGUGGAUAUUAUUCAUUUACUGCUGAAGAUGAUGAUCAUGAAUUAAAAUCACAAUUAAAUAUUCUAAGAAAAGGAAUAUUGCAAGACUAUCAUUCUGAAAGAAAAUUUAAUACUUCUCAAGCAGAGAAUAAGGAAUAUUCGACUUUGGACGAUUCGUCUAAAGAGCGUUACGGAUGCGGAGGAUCAUCGCGCGACGUUUCUGUCGAAGAGUCGACCGAAAGGAAGUGCGCGGUCGGCGAAAGGAAGGAAGAAACGCAAGGAGGGUCGACCAGUGAGGGCGCUCUCGAGGCGGAAGACGAGAGCCCGAGUAAAUACUGUAAGUUAGAUUCGUCGGAGGUGAUCGACAGACGGACUGGCAAGGAGAGCGGUAAGUCGGACGGACUGUACCGCGCCCAUUCCUGUCCGGGAAUUCUCGGUUGGCUGCGCAAGAGCCUGGACGACUCCUCUUCGAGGUCCCGCGCCGAAUUUCCUCGUUUGCGCCGGAACCGGACAGAAGCGACGACCGAGAAGGGCCGAGGACCCCAGAACAGAUACAGCUGCGGCAGUCUGGAGCACGCGGUCGAGCGUGCCGCCUACGGAUACGAGUCCUGCCCCGACGUGUUGCACUGCGGGGGAUGCAAUCGCAAGAACGAUUCUUCCGACUCUGACCGGGCCGCCUCGCUCUCGCCCUCUCGCGGACUCUUUCGUCGCAGCGUCGACGUCAUACGCGUCUCCUGACGUCGAGAUUCGAAGGCCGGUCCGUCCUCGUCCUCGUCCUCGUCCUCGUCCUCCUCCUCCUCCUCAUAGUACUUAGCAUAGCCGUAGAUUUCUGCCCUUCCCUCGUCCCCUUCGUACGCGCGAUAGUCGCACCACCACCAUCACAUAUCAUAAACGUAGAAGAAUUGCGAUUUAGGUUGUGACGCGCAAACUCUUAUGGAUGUAAAGAAAGAAGGGGCAGGUUUCCCCCUUUCCAAAUGUAAAUGCAGUAUAUGUAAAUAGGAACGGAUAGGUCGUUCAAAUAUCAGUUUGUUUUCCCCUCUUCUUUGUAUAAAAAAAAAUAUUAAUUAUUAUUUGGACGGAAGAGGAGAGGUUUUGUUGAUUUUGUAGAAAAUAAUUAACGAUGUUUUUCGUUUUUUACGUUGUAUUUAAAUAUAAGAAAUUUUAUUUGUGCAUUUGAAGAAUAGUGUACGAAAACAUUUUCGAAUCGAUUGGAGGUUGUCGUCUCUCGAAGAAUGUGAGAAAAAUCUCCAAGUGUUUUCGAGUGGAAACGAUUGAAUGAAUGGGAAACGAAGUUAAUAGUCCUCCGUUUACGAUAAUGUUUGAUUAAAAAAAGAUCAUUCGAGAAAAAUCAAACAUUUACAAAGAAGUUCUAGAAUUUGGGGAGGAAAUUUUAAUUUGAAUUUUUAAAAAUUCGCCGGAAAAUUACCGAAAUGUUUAAAUUUUUUGCCGGAGGAAAACGGUUACGAAUAAGAUAUUUUGUUGUUUAAACGAUCGUUAAAGAAAAUCAAAAUAAUUUCCUUGUUUUUUUAAUGUACUCCGAGUAUAGUGUGUACUGUAUUUAUUUUUAAAGAAAAUGUUGAACUGUGAAACCUCAGG